AUGGAGACCACACAAGUCACUAUUGCAUUCUGUUUUGUCAUGGGUAUUCUCGUUUGUCUUGUGGCUGUUUUUGCUGUUCUUGUUGGAUACUUUAAAUGGAUCCACACGUAUUGGAAGAGAAGAGGUAUUGAUGGACCGGUGGGGAUGCCGUUUCUCGGGUCUUUUUAUGAUCUAUCGGAUAAAGAAAAACCAAGAGGAUUUCUAAUUAACAAGUGGACCAAGCAAUUCGGAAAAGUGUUCGGCUACUACGAAGGAGCCAAUCCAGUUCUUGUUGUGAGUGAUGUCGAUAUGCUCCAGGAGCUUUUCAUCAAGAAGUUUGACUGCUUCUACGCUCGGAAGACUACCAAUUUGAUCCAUGGAAACUUGGAAUGCUCCCAAGAAGAACCACGAAUCAAUUUGUUUUCUGCUCGGGGUGCCAGAUGGAAGAGAAUGAGAGCCUUGGCAUCUCCAGCAUUCUCAGUGAAAGCGCUGAAACAGAUUCACGACACUAUGGAAAACAGUGUUCUUUGUAUGGUUGAUCAUUUGGCCAAACACGAGAAUGGCUCAGCUUUUAAUAUCCAUGAGUUCUACCAGGAAUUCACGUAUGACGUCAUUUCCCGUCUUGCCAUGGGGCAACCAUACUCCGAGCAGUUCAAUAACAAAGGUGUCUCUAUUGUGAAAAAGAUUUUCCUUCGCAAUAACCGAGUAUUGCCGUGGUUCCUUGCAGUUUUGUUCCCCAGCCUUGAGAACACCACAAAAAAUCUGUUCUUUAAUCACGAAUCAGUUAGAGGAGGCGAUGUUGGACAACUUUUAAAAUUCUGUGAGGUUGCAGUUCACGACAGGAUUAAGGAAAGAGUUGAAAACAAAAAAUUGGGCAUUGACAACACCCAGAAUGAUUUUAUCGACAUGUUCCUCGAUUACUACACUGGAGAAGAAAUCGAAAACACACAAUAUGGAACGACAGUUGAGAAGAAAGUGACUUCUGAAGAAGUCAUUGGAUCGUGCUUCGUAUUCCUGCUCGCUGGAUUUGACACCACUGCCAAUGCACUAGCAUAUGCAUCGUAUCUACUUGCCAAACACCCUGAAAAGAUGAGAAAGGCUCAAGAAGAAAUUGACAUUGUCUGCACAUCGGAGAACAUUUCAUACGAUGAGGUCACCAAGUUGAAGUACCUGGACGCAGUUGUAAAAGAAGCUUUGAGAUUGUACCCAGUCGCUUGGUUUGCUUGCUCACGAGAAUGCGUUGAAACCACCACACUUGGAGACUAUUUAAUUGAAAAGGGAGUCAAAGUUGAAGCAGAUGUCACAGCACUGCAUCGUUCGAAGGAAAUUUGGGGAGAGGAUGCAGAUAGCUUCAUUCCAGAAAGAUGGUUUUCACCAACACCACGGCACAACAUGUCUUGGAUACCAUUUGGUGCCGGACCCCGUCAAUGUGUUGGGAUGCGAUUGGGUCUCGUUGAAGCAAAAACUGCACUUGCACAUGUCCUCAGAAAAUGGUCGAUCGUUGCGGGACCAGAGACGGAAGAACAACUUCAUGUUCAGGGAUGCACAACUACAUCGCCAGAAAAGAAAUUUGGAAAAGUGUUUGGCUUCUAUGAAGGUGCAACGCCCGUGUUAGUAGUUGGUGAUCCAGAUAUGCUCCAGGAGCUUUUCAUCAAGAAAUUCGAGAAUUUCAAUGCACGAAAAACUACUAAUUAUAUUCACGGAGAGUUAGAAGAUCCAAAAGAAGAACCGUUAGUGAAUGUAUUUUUUGCGUAUGGCAACAGAUGGAAAAAAAUGAGAGCAUUGAAUAAUCCUGCUCUUUCAGUAAAGUUUUUGAGAAAGGUUCAUGACACUAUGGAAAACAGUGUUAUCUGUAUGCUGGAGAUUAUGUCACAACAUGAGGAUGGGAAGCCGUUCAACAUUCACGAAUAUUUUCAAGAACUAACAUUCGACGUUAUUUGUAGAGUAGCGAUGGGAAAAACAUUCUCCGAUCAAUGGAAUAACAAAGAAGUCAAGCUGGUGCAAACGAUAUUUAAUAAAUCGCAUCGUGUUCUUCCUUGGUAUUUAGCUGUUCUUUUUCCACAAUUUGAAAAUACAGUGAAAAAUGUAUUCAUAUUACAUGAAAAUCUUCGUGGUGGUGAUUCUUUGAAGCUUUGGAUGUACUGUAGAGCCACAGUUGGGGAUAAGUAUGCAGACUGGAUGGAAAACGUCAAACAAGGAGUAGACACUACGCCAAAUGACUUUAUCGAUAUGUUUUUAGACUAUUAUAAAGAGACUCUUGUCGAUUGCGACAGAGCUCAGAAAAUAGAGAUUCUGAACUCAAUCACUAGUUCCUGUUUUGCAUUCAUCAUUGCUGGCUAUGACACAACUGCAAAUACAUUGGCUUAUGCAUGUUACAUGCUUAUGAAAAACCCAGAAAUUGUUAGCAAGGCACAACAAGAAAUUGAUGAAAUUUGUACUUCUGAGAACAUUUCUUAUGAUGAUUUAAGCAAAAUGAAAUAUGUGAAUGCUAUCAUCAAAGAGACACUGCGACUUUUUCCAGUUGGUUGGUUUGGCUGCUCUAGACAAUGUGUGACUGCAACAACUCUAGGAGACAUUUAUAUCGAUGCAGGUGUCAGAAUAGAAGCAGACGUGAGUGCCCUUCAUUUGAAUAAGGAGAUCUGGGGAGAUAAUGCAGAAGAGUUUGUUCCCGAAAGAUGGUUGGAAUCUACACCUCGCCACGUCAUGUCUUAUAUACCAUUUGGUGCAGGACCCAGACAAUGUGUUGGUAUGCGCAUGGGUCUGGCUGAAGCCAAACUUACCCUUGCUCAUUUGCUCCGGAAAUAUACUAUUUAUUCUGGUCCCGAAACCGAAGAGAAGCUGACACUAAUUGGUUGUGCAACUGUCUCUCCAUUAAAAGUGACAGUUUAUAUCAAAAAUCGAGUUUGA